AUGCGAAGUGUUGUUUUAACUAGAAGUUGCUCUUUUCAGGAUUUCCGAGAUCCCAGCGUGCAACCAGUUAUCGUUGAGAAAUGCGACGUCUACUUCCAUCGUGAAGUAAUUCCUGACUGGUCAAAGAAUUCAGACACUAUUGGAGAGCUCUUCGUCGGUUUCCUCGACUAUUAUGCACGAUUCGAUUUUAGCACGCAGCAUAUGAUUAGCAUAUAUCACAUAACAGCCUAUGCCCCACAAAGCGGUUGUGACGACGUAGAGAAGGAACAGUUCUGGACUGAACUACAGGAUCACAUUGCAGCAGUCCCUGAGAGCGAAGCAAUCCUGCUUUGUGGCGACCUAAAUGGCCACUCAAACUAG